CUUCCUCUAUCGUACCCAUCUCGCCAAUCUCAUCUAUAUAUACUCUCUACAACCUUCAUCUUCUUCACAAUUGUAGUUCAAUCUAAAUUAAUUUCUCAAAGUUGUUCAUAUCAUCACUAUUCAAGAUGCAGAUCUUCGUCAAAACCCUAACCGGCAAGACCAUAACCCUUGAGGUUGAGAGCUCAGACACGAUCGACAACGUUAAGGCUAAGAUCCAGGACAAGGAGGGAAUUCCACCGGAUCAGCAGCGUCUAAUCUUCGCUGGAAAGCAGUUGGAAGACGGCCGUACCCUCGCCGACUACAACAUCCAGAAGGAGUCGACGCUCCACCUUGUCCUCCGACUCCGUGGAGGAAUGCAGAUCUUCGUCAAAACCCUAACCGGGAAGACGAUCACGCUUGAGGUCGAGAGCUCUGACACCAUCGACAACGUCAAGGCCAAGAUCCAGGACAAGGAGGGAAUUCCUCCGGAUCAGCAACGCUUGAUCUUUGCCGGAAAGCAGCUCGAGGACGGCCGUACCCUCGCCGACUACAACAUCCAGAAAGAAUCAACGCUCCAUCUCGUCCUCCGUCUUCGUGGUGGUAUGCAGAUAUUCGUGAAGACCCUAACGGGCAAAACCAUCACUCUCGAGGUGGAGAGCUCGGACACGAUCGAUAACGUCAAGGCAAAGAUCCAGGAUAAGGAGGGGAUCCCACCGGACCAGCAGCGUUUGAUCUUCGCGGGAAAGCAGCUGGAGGACGGCCGGACUCUGGCGGAUUACAAUAUUCAGAAAGAGUCGACUCUUCACCUUGUGCUUAGGUUGAGGGGAGGGAUGCAGAUCUUCGUGAAGACUCUCACCGGCAAGACCAUCACACUGGAGGUGGAGAGCUCCGACACGAUUGAUAACGUGAAGGCCAAGAUCCAGGACAAGGAAGGCAUUCCUCCGGACCAGCAGCGUCUGAUCUUCGCGGGAAAACAGCUGGAAGACGGCCGAACCCUGGCCGAUUACAAUAUCCAAAAGGAGUCAACCCUCCACCUAGUUCUCCGUCUCCGCGGUGGGAUGCAGAUCUUCGUGAAGACUCUCACCGGGAAGACGAUAACUCUGGAGGUGGAGAGCUCAGACACCAUCGAUAAUGUGAAGGCGAAGAUUCAGGACAAGGAGGGGAUUCCACCGGACCAGCAGAGGCUGAUCUUCGCUGGUAAGCAGCUGGAAGACGGAAGGACUCUUGCUGAUUACAAUAUCCAGAAGGAGUCCACCCUUCACCUUGUGUUGCGUCUCCGUGGUGGUUUCCGGCCCAAGGUUGUGCCCUUCUUCUACCGAUCAACUAUUUUGCCAGAGUGCGACCUGAUGCAGAUCUUCGUCAAAACCCUAACAGGCAAGACCAUAACUCUAGAGGUUGAGAGCUCAGAUACGAUCGACAACGUUAAGGCUAAGAUCCAGGACAAGGAAGGAAUCCCACCGGAUCAGCAACGUCUGAUCUUCGCCGGAAAGCAGCUGGAGGACGGCCGUACGCUCGCCGACUACAACAUCCAGAAGGAGUCAACGCUCCACCUCGUCCUCCGUCUUCGCGGCGGUAUGCAGAUCUUCGUCAAAACCCUAACCGGGAAGACGAUCACCCUCGAGGUCGAGAGCUCCGACACGAUCGAUAACGUGAAGGCAAAGAUCCAGGACAAGGAAGGAAUUCCACCAGAUCAGCAACGUUUGAUCUUCGCCGGAAAGCAGCUGGAGGACGGCCGAACCCUCGCCGACUACAACAUCCAGAAGGAGUCAACGCUCCACCUUGUCCUCCGUCUUCGUGGCGGUAUGCAGAUCUUCGUGAAAACUCUCACCGGCAAGACCAUCACACUGGAGGUGGAGAGCUCUGACACGAUUGAUAACGUGAAGGCCAAGAUCCAGGACAAGGAAGGGAUUCCACCGGACCAGCAGCGUCUGAUCUUCGCCGGAAAACAGCUGGAGGACGGCCGAACCCUGGCCGACUACAACAUCCAGAAGGAGUCAACGCUCCACCUUGUCCUCCGUCUUCGUGGCGGUAUGCAGAUCUUCGUGAAGACUCUCACCGGCAAGACCAUCACACUGGAGGUGGAGAGCUCUGACACGAUUGAUAAUGUGAAGGCGAAGAUUCAGGACAAGGAAGGGAUUCCACCGGACCAGCAGAGGUUGAUCUUCGCUGGUAAGCAGUUGGAGGACGGAAGGACUCUUGCUGAUUACAAUAUCCAGAAGGAGUCCACCCUUCAUCUUGUGUUGCGUCUGCGUGGUGGUUUCUAAGGACUUUGUGGGUCCUUGUGUUGCGUUUCCAAGUGGUUCUCUGUUUCUGUAAUCUGGUGACUGAUGUGAAAGUCUCUGUUCGGUUUGGAAUUAUAAAUAAAAUUGGGGUUAGCAAAUAAAAUUGGAAUUUUAGUAA